AUGGGCCCCUGUACCGCCUCCCCAUGCUGCUGCCAGGCCCGUAAUCUGCCAUGGGCCCCUGUACCGACUCCUCAUGCUGCUGCCAGGCCCGUAAUCUGUCAUGGGCCCCUGUACCGCCUCCUCAUGCUGCUGCCAGGUCCAGAGUGUGUCAUGGGUCCCUGUACGGCCUCCCAUUGCUGCUGUCUCUAUCGCCACACUCUGCCAUGUGCCACUUUCAGGUCUCCUCACACUGCUGGUGGUUUCCAUUUUUGUCAUAGGGUGCUGUAUGGCCUCCCAUUGCUGCUGCCUCCACCGCCACACUGUGGCUCCACACUCUGGUUUUGGCCCCGUGACUGCCCAAAUGAGUGAAGUGUGCGCUCGAAUCGAAUAUUGUCCACGAAUUCGCCGAAUCAGUCGAAUCGAAUUUUUCAUUUCUUCGCUCAUCUCUAAACACAACUCUCAAAAACAAGAACUGGACAUGCCCUAA